UUGUGAGUGGUGAAGACUUUUAUUUUAUGGAAAACGAUAACCACCACCACCAACAACAACAACAACAACACCGCCAGGCUUUGAUGAGUUCCAGCUCGAGGUUCAAACGUGUUUGUGUUUUCUGCGGAAGCAGCUCAGGCAAGAAACCCAGUUAUCAGGUCGCAGCAAUACAGCUUGGGAAUGAACUGGUUGAAAGGAACAUCGACUUGGUUUAUGGUGGAGGUAGCGUAGGUCUGAUGGGUCUCGUCUCCCAAGCAGUUCACAAUGGUGGUCGCCACGUGUUAGGGGUAAUCCCUAAGACCCUUAUGCCUAAAGAGAUAACUGGAGAAACUGUUGGGGAAGUGAGAGCUGUAUCAGGUAUGCACCAGAGAAAAGCCGAAAUGGCUCGCCAGGCUGACGCUUUUAUUGCCUUGCCAGGUGGAUAUGGGACACUAGAAGAACUUCUAGAAGUGAUCACUUGGGCUCAGUUGGGAAUCCAUGAUAAGCCGGUGGGGUUGUUGAACGUCGACGGUUAUUACAAUUCGCUCUUAUCUUUCAUAGACAAAGCAGUGGAAGAAGGCUUCAUUACACCGGCAGCCCGUCACAUUAUUGUUUCUGCCCAAACGGUCCAUGACCUUAUGUCCAAGCUUGAGUGAUAUGGCGUACAGGAAUACAUACCCAAGCACAAUGGAGUCGCAUCUAAGCUGAGUUGGGAGAUGGAGCAACAGUUAGGAUACUCAACGAAGUCAGACAUCGCCCGUUGACUAGAUCUUACAUGUGCUGUCACUGCUUGGAUUAACGACCGUAGAUCACACGUGCAAACUGCAUAGGCCAUGCAUUAUUAGUCU